AUGGAGCACCGAGUCAAGAUGCAAGAGAAGAACGACGAGAUGGAAUCCCUUCGGGAGGCGUUCAACAAGAACCUCGCUGAGCUUCGAGGUGCUCGUGCCACUUUGAAGAAGCUUACUCGGCCUGCUCUCGCCUCGUCCACAAACCUGUCUUCGACCUCUGAGCACACCAACGAGCCAGUCCAUGACGGAUUGCAGACCGAAAACGAACAGGCGAAGAAGCAUGACGACACUACUCUUACGGAUGAGGAUCUCAACGAUGUCUCCAAGAAGCGACGUCUUGGAAACGACGUUUGA